UCCAACGUGUUUUCCAUGUUCGACCAGCCCCAGAUCCAGGAAUUUAAAGAGGCCUUCACCAUCAUGGAUCAGAACCGAGACGGCUUCAUCGACAAGCAGGACCUGAGAGACACCUUCGCCGCUCUAGGCCGCCUCAACGUCAAGAACGAAGAGCUCGAGGCCAUGGUGAAGGAGGCCCCGGGACCCAUCAACUUCACGGUCUUCCUCACUAUGUUUGGGGAGAAGCUGAAAGGCACCGACCCGGAAGAGACCAUCUUGCACGCUUUCAAGAUCUUCGACGCGGAAGGAAAGGGCGUCAUUAAGGCGGAUUACAUCAAAGAGAAGCUCAUGACCCAGGCGGAUCGGUUCAGCGAGGAGGAGAUCAAGCAGAUGUUCACCGCCUUCCCCCCCGAUGCCCACGGCAACCUCGACUACAAGAACCUUUGCUACGUGAUCACCCACGGGGAGGAGAAGGACUAG